AGAAAAAAUUGAGAAGAAGAGGGAGUGUGAGUGUAGUCACUUUCUGUGGGUUUUGAAGUGUGUCUUCUCUUCCGAAUCAAUACAGUUACCUGCCUGCCUCUUCUUACCAAGCAUUAAAUGCGGGCGUCUCUUUCUUCAUCCCCAUUCUUCAUUAUAUAUAUUUAUCUCCCUUUCUCUCUCUUCCCUUUCUACUACUUUUCAGAUUUGGUUCGGCUUAGAUUCUACAAAAUCUGUAUUUUCUGAGACUGAUUUGGAGAUCACGGAGAGCUUAAUUACGAGUUUCCAUACCAGGACGAAGAAUGAGAAUUUUUUUUUUUUUUUCUUUUUGAGUGUGAGUGAAUAGUUCUUGUGAAACUCUGAGUUUUUUUGGGGGGGGACGACUGGACAAAGCAGGAUUAGGGUUUUUUUUUUUUUGGUUGUUGGUGGUGAAAGAAUGGAGGCGAGGAUGAAGAAGUACCGGCAAGUGAGUCCGGAGAGAGCGAAAGUGUGGACGGAGAAGUCUCCAAAGUACCAUCAGAAUCGGAAAGUUCCUGUAGUUUACUAUCUCUGCAGAAAUCGUCAACUUGAGCAUCCUCAUUUCAUGGAAGUUCCUAUUUCGUCCCCGGAAGGUCUUUAUCUUAGAGAUGUUAUUGAGAGGCUUAAUGUUUUGAGAGGCAGAGGCAUGUCUAACAUGUAUUCAUGGUCUUCGAAAAGAAGCUAUAAGAAUGGAUUUGUUUGGCAUGAUCUCAGUGAAGACGAUCUAAUUCACCCUGCCCAUGGCAACGAGUACGUUCUCAAAGGCUCUGAGCUCUUUGAAGAUUCUAAUUCAGAUCGGUUCAGCCCCGUUGUGAAUGUGAAAAUGCAGAACUUAAAUUUGAAACAAUUACCAGGACCUACAUCUUGUAGAAGUCAAGACGAUUCUUCAUCUUCAUCUAGUCUAAAUGGGAAGGAAACUAAGCAUUCUCAAGAGGAGGAACUCUCCCCUCCAGUAAAAAGUCCUGGCUCUUCAGCUGUAUCUCCUGAGUCAAGAGCUGGGAAGAAUUCUUCCACAUGGUCUAAUUCGCUGAGCUUGACUGAGUAUAAAAUUUACAAGACUGAUGGUUCAGCUGAUGCUUCAACUCAGACAGAGGAAAAUGUGGGUAGAUCAAAAGUGCGCGAAACUUGUACUAGAGGUGUUUCAACUGAUGAUGGCUCAUUAGAGCCUGACUUUAGUGAGAGCUAUCAAAAUCGGGUUCUGAGGGGAAAAGAUAACUCAGAGAUUUGCAGUGAUUCAGUUUCACCUCCUCCAUCCACGUCUAGUGCCUCAUCCUCUGGUGGGAAGACAGAAACUUUAGAAUCUUUGAUUAGGGCAGAUGCUAGUAAGAUGAACAGUUUCAGAAUUCUUGAAGAGGAAGAAAUUCGGAUGCCAAACAAUGCAAGGAUCAAGGCUUCAAAUGUUUUGAUGCAACUGAUCUCGUGUGGUUCAAUAUCAGUUAAAGAUCAUAGUCUUGGCCUCAUUCCUUCGUACAAGCCACGGUUUUCUCAUUCAAAGUUCUCUCCCUUUUUCUCUAGUUCGAUUAUGAUGGGGGAGCUUGAUUGCCUGUCAGAUAAUCCAAAAUUUAUGGGUUUAAGAUUAGAAGAUAAAGAAUAUUUUAGUGGGAGCUUGAUAGAGACGACAUUGCUUAAAGAAGAUGGUCAUACAACUCUGAAGCGGUCAUCGUCAUAUAAUGCAGACAGGACCUGUAAGCAAUUGGAAUCAAAUGAGGAUACUGAAGAGUCUACCUCAGGGCGUUCAAAAUGCAUCCCAAGAUCGAUCAAGGCUUCACUAACUAAGCAACCACGAUGUGAUUCUAUGAGGUCCCCAGCUUCUGAUAGACCAAGAAACUCUUCUGAUGGUAUUGAUGGCUCGAAGAUCAUUUCAAGCCCAUCCAAUGGUGCUAGUAAAAGAAUUACAGAACCUUCAACUAAUAGGGAAUCGAAAAGACUAGAUUCUUUUAGGGAGGAGGAGAAAAUGAUUAAGAUUGAAGAAAGCUUGCUUCAGGAGCUAGGGUUAUAAUCCAGUCCAAAGCUCCUUGCCAUACAACCACAGUUGGCAGCACAUAGAGGUCCUCUGCAAACAUACUAUCAAGUAAUGCAUUCACAAUUUCAGGCACUUUGUUCAUUGCUGUACAAUUAGGGUUUUUUUUCAGUCGUUGUUUGAAUUUCAAAUGAGGCAAUUUUUUUUGGGCGCGUACGUGUAAAUCAUCUCUUUGUAAAUUUUGCUAGUGAAAUGAACAGAGAAAACCUUUGCUUGCAAAGUUGGGGAUUACUGGUAGUUUAGUUUAGUGUGUUGACAGACACUGUGGUGGUCCUGGUGGACCAAAGCCCUGAGUGUUGAGAAUAGGAGUUGGAUUUUUGGUUUAGUUUUUCAAUAGGGAUUGUACUUUUCUGUAGCUAACGUCAAAAAAAGAUCUUGUCAUUUUACUAGUCUCAUUUCACUUUUUUUCCCA